AUCGGUUUGUAGUCAGUUACUCCUUGUUAUUCAUUCAAGUUAUAUCGAAUUGGAGAGAUUUUUUACUCAAAAGAGAAGAAACUAAGCGCACACUUAAUUUUCGAAGUGGACAGUCUUUAUUUAAAGAAGAAUGAAAGGAGCUAAAGCUCUAAUUUUGUUGGGCUUAAUAGCCCUUUCUUCUACGAAGGAAGAGAAGCAGAAGGAAGAUAUUGGAACUGUCAUUGGAAUUGACUUGGGCACAACUUAUUCUUGUGUCGGUGUAUAUAAAAAUGGGAGAGCAGAAAUUAUAGCUAAUGAUCAAGGAAACAGAAUCACACCUUCAUAUGUAGCGUUCACUGCUGAUGGUGAACGUCUAAUUGGAGAUGCUGCAAAGAAUCAAUUGACCACAAAUCCAGAAAAUACAGUCUUUGAUGCCAAACGGUUGAUUGGUAGGGAGUGGUCAGAAUCUACUGUACAGCAUGACAUCAAGUUCUUCCCAUUUAAAGUAAUUGAAAAGAACAGCAAACCAUAUAUAAGAGUGUCUGUCAAUGGCGAAGAUAAAAUCUUUGCUCCCGAAGAAAUCUCUGCCAUGGUUCUUGGUAAAAUGAAGGAAACAGCAGAGGCGUAUUUGGGCAAAAAAGUUACUCAUGCAGUCGUUACUGUACCAGCUUACUUCAACGAUGCUCAGAGACAAGCUACCAAAGAUGCAGGCACUAUCUCAGGACUUGUUGUUAUGAGAAUCAUUAAUGAACCUACAGCAGCUGCGAUCGCUUAUGGUUUGGACAAAAAAGAUGGAGAAAAGAACAUUUUGGUCUUUGAUUUGGGUGGUGGUACCUUUGAUGUCAGUUUGCUUACAAUCGAUAAUGGAGUAUUCGAAGUAGUGGCAACAAAUGGAGACACUCACUUGGGUGGCGAAGAUUUCGAUCAACGUGUAAUGGAUCAUUUCACCAAACUAUACAAGAAGAAGAAAGGCAAAGAUAUUCGCAAGGACAGUAGAGCAUUGCAGAAAUUACGUCGUGAAGUUGAGAAGGCUAAGAGAGCUCUUAGUGCUAGUCACCAAGUAAGGAUUGAGAUUGAGUCGUUCUUCGAGGGCGAAGACUUCUCCGAGACGUUAACCCGUGCCAAAUUUGAAGAAUUGAAUAUGGAUCUGUUCCGAAGCACUUUGAAACCUGUACAGAAGGUUUUAGUAGACUCUGAUAUGCACAAAAAGGAUGUCGAUGAAAUUGUACUUGUUGGUGGAUCUACCAGAAUUCCCAAAGUUCAACAAUUAGUCAAGGAAUUCUUUGGCGGCAAAGAACCAUCUCGGGGUAUUAAUCCCGACGAAGCUGUUGCAUAUGGUGCUGCAGUUCAGGCUGGAGUACUAUCCGGAGAACAAGACACAGAUGCCAUUGUACUGCUGGAUGUGAACCCACUUACCAUGGGUAUUGAAACCGUCGGUGGUGUAAUGACCAAACUUAUUCCUAGAAAUACCGUAAUUCCAACCAAGAAGUCUCAAAUUUUCUCUACCGCAUCCGAUCACCAGCACACAGUGACCAUUCAAGUAUAUGAAGGUGAACGUCCAAUGACGAAAGAUAACCAUCUUCUCGGUAAAUUCGACCUGACCGGAAUUCCACCAGCACCACGAGGAAUUCCACAAAUUGAGGUCACGUUCGAGAUCGAUGCUAAUGGUAUUCUCCAAGUGUCCGCUGAAGACAAAGGAACCGGGAACCGCGAAAAGAUCGUCAUCACCAACGACCAGAACAGGCUGACACCCGACGAUAUCGAGAGAAUGAUCUCGGACGCUGAGAAAUUCGCAGCCGACGAUAAGAAAUUGAAGGAGCGAGUGGAAGCGCGUAAUGAACUCGAAUCGUACGCUUAUUCCCUAAAGAAUCAAUUGACCGACAAAGAGAAGCUUGGAUCGAAGGUCACCGAUGCGGAAAAGGCAAAAAUGGAGGAAGCCAUCGAAGAGAAAAUUAAGUGGUUAGAAGACAACCAGGACACCGAUCCGGAAGAAUACAAGAAACAGAAGAAGGAACUCAGCGAUAUCGUUCAGCCAAUCAUUGUUAAAUUGUAUCAAGAGCCUGGUGGUGGUAUUCCACCAACCGGUGGUGAUGAGGAUGAUUUAAAGGACGAGCUUUAACUAGAAAUUAAUCCGUACACAGAGUCGUCCUAAUUUAGACUGAAUUUCCGCCAGUCUCUUACGCGAAUGCGGCAGAGAUACACCCACGUCGUUGAUACGUCGAGUAUUUAAGUGAAAGACUGAUCGACGAACGUUCGUUACUUAUUAUGUUGCAUUGGAAUGAAACGGUACACGGUUCCGUGACGUUCACACACUGUGUAUUGGCCCUAUAAUGUGUUUUGCCACGUAACAUAACAGUCUUCUACGUAAGAGAAAGGAAGGCACACUUAAUGAAAGGAUUUUUACUAUCGAGAGAGUAGCUUCUUUGAUUCCCGAUCAAGACUAUGCGCGUUAAUUUAUUUUACUCAAUUCUUUUGUAUGUUCUAUUACAUAUACAAAUAUAUAAUCGAAUAAAUACAGUUAUGUAACUCACGUUACAAAUACGCAGCGUGUACGUGUGAAUUAGAGUGAUUGUUUGUAAAAUGACGAAGUUACUUGCAUCUGUUACUGCCUGUAGGAGACUGUAUCGUACUAUGUACAAUAUAGUUAUCUGUGCGAAUGAGAAUGUCAUAUAUAAAUAUAUAUAUAUACAUAUAUAUAUAUCAAUCUCAUCGAAAUAAACAUUUUUUCAAUAAACCAUAAAACCUCUUUCGAUAUUAAUUAUUGUAUCUUAAUUUAAGCUCGCAAAAGUUAAAAGAUAUUCACGGACAAAUAGCAUGCUAAAAAUGAUUUUUUUCAGCAAUAUUCAGUUCAUUAAAUAAAGUUUAUUUAGUCAACAUGGA